GGCCCGGUCGGGGCGGGGCCGGCCGGCUUCCAGGCCUGGGCUCUGGCCACCCGCGCCGCCCGGCCGCUCCGGGGACGGGCCGGGGCGGGGCGCGGCGGCAGGAAGCGGGGCGGGGACUCGCGGAGGCGUUGGGGAGCGAGGGGAGGGCGCGGCCAACUCCCGGAGGGACGACAGGCCGAGAGACCGGCGCCCCGGCCUGGCGCCGAGCCUGAGCCCGCCGGACGGGAGGCGGCCUAGCCGCGGGCUCGGCCUCGGCCCCAGUCCCGCCAGCAUGGCCGGCCGCACCGUGCGGGCUGAGACCCGGAGCCGGGCCAAGGAUGACAUCAAGAAGGUGAUGGCGACCAUCGAGAAGGUCCGGAGAUGGGAGAAGCGCUGGGUGACUGUGGGCGACACUUCCCUUCGUAUCUUCAAGUGGGUGCCAGUGGUGGACCCCCAGGAGGAGGAGCGCCGGAGGGCAGGUGGCGGGGCAGAGAGAUCCCGAGGCCGGGAGCGGAGGGGCAGGGGCCCCAGUCCCCGAGGGGGUGGCCCUCUCAUCCUGCUUGAUCUCAAUGAUGAGAACAGUAACCAGAGUUUCCAUUCAGAAGGCUCCCUGCAAAAGGGCACCGAGCCCAGCCCUGGGGGCACCCCCCAGCCCAGCCGCCCUGUGUCACCUGCUGGACCACCGGAAGGGGUCCCAGAGGAUGCUCAGCCCCCACAGCUGGGCCAGGAGAGAGAUCCUGGGGGCAUAACUGCAGGCAGCACCGAUGAACCCCCAAUGCUGACCAAGGAGGAGCCUGUUCCAGAAUUGCUGGAAGCUGAGGAUUCGGGAGUGAGGAUGACAAGGAGAGCCCUCCACGAGAAAGGCCUGAAAACAGAGCCCCUCAGGCGGCUCCUUCCCAGGAGGGGCCUCCGGACAAACGCCCGGCCCACUUCUGCGGUGCUGCAGGACCCCAGAGCCCCCGGGGGAGGAAGCAAGGCCCCGAGGGCACCAAGGAUGAUCCCCCAGGGGAAGGGGAGGUGAGCCGGCUCCCCAGGCAAGGCGAGGCCCUUAGGUUUCCCUUGGCCGCCCCAAGAUCCAGCCACCCACCCGUGCCCCCGAGAGUGCAAAGAGCUUCCCGGCUCCACAGCCACCGCGGGAUCAUCCGGGGCAAGCGGCCCCAGCCUGCCCCGAACCUAAGGUCACAGCACCCUUCUGGCUCGCCACCGACACCCGCACAGAGCGGGCUCAACUACACCGCAAGCGUGGGAAGGGCUUCGAGCACAAUCGAACCACAUCGAGCACCUGAGGACGCAUCUCAGCCAGAGCGCCCGGAGUGCCGGGUGAGCCCAGGCCUCCACCCCGAGGGGCAGCCCUGGACGCGCCCUGGCCUCCGCUAGCCUCCAACCGCGGCCCCUGCAGGCUGCGCAUGCGCGGAGACCCUGCCACACGCCCACCUACCUACCCUCUCCCUACAGCCUCCUCCAAGGCCCACGGAUGCCGGGCCUGCAGGUGGGUUCCGUCGAUUCGCUGGAGGACCUGCAGCAAGACCUCCCGGCGGGGCCAGCCUCGACAAGUUCCCUGGGGUAGGCGGCCUGGGCUAGCAGGGAGCGCCUGAAGCUUCUGGUACCGCCCCGAGCCGGCCCCAACAGACCCAGAAAAUCUCCACCUGGAGAAGACCUGGGGCAACUGAGCCCUUUGAGUGGUUCCAAGGGCUGUCACCGAGCUCUUGCGGGCCACUCCGCUGCUGGGCCUGCCCUCCUAGGAAAUAUUCACGUCUCCCGUUGGUUGAGGGCUUACUCCGUGCCACGCUUUGUGAUUUAUAGGAAUGAUCUCGUUCAGUCCUCACCACAUCCCUGUGCCAUUGGUGUUCUCAUUAUCAGCAUUUUACAGAAGGAGAAACUAAGUCUCAGAGAGGUUAAGGGACCGGCCCAAAGUCACACAGCCAGUAUGUGGCAGAACUAGCUUUCAGACGCAGGUCUGCCUGCCUGACUCCACAGCCCGCCCGAUGGUACCGCUUCUCCUGCUGGUACAGGAGUGAAGGGUGCAGGUUUGACAGGACAUCUGCUUAUGAAACAUACGUUUUUCUCGUGGUCAUUAUAUAAAACACUUUUUAUACUAAAGUAAGCAGACACGCUCUGGAAUGAAAGUGAACGUUUGCACCAACGAUUGAGAUGCAACUUGAGACAUUGUAGAAAUUUUAUGCCAAGGCGGACGCUUCAGGCUCAGCCUCUGACUCUCUGAAGUGACCUCUUCUCAGACCUCUGCCUUUAGAGGGAUGUUGCCCAGGGAAGCUCUGCUCCAGGGUCAGUUCCUAUGUGGAGCCUUUCUGGAGGCCAAGGAAGUUGGACUCUCCCCAGUUUGCCAUCCCACCGAGUUGCUUAGGAAGUUCAUCCAGUUUCUCCUGUCUAAGGUUUCUAAAUUCCCAACAGAUAUCAAUCUAGAAUUGACGAUUGAAAAAUUGGAAUUCUUGGGAAUUCCUGAAAUUUUGUUAUUCUGUAUUUUUCAUAACUUUCUAUUUUUUUUUAAUAAAUGAGAAAUACACAUUUAGUAGUAGUUACAAAGACUGUAGGCUGUAGCAAAUUUUCAAAACCAGGAAAAUAUCAGGGAACAUGACUGGGUAGUAUUCAGAUGACAAAAUGUUUAAACCUUCAAGAUCAACUGCACUACACAGACUCGUGCUCAAAUUGCCAAUUUAAAGACUUGUUUCUAAAACUUUUUCUCAGAACAUCAUGCAUAGGAUUUAUAUGAGAUAUAAAAUACAUGUAAACAGGUUAAUAUUUAAUUUGCGAGAGUGACUCACUGGUCACAGCACAUAGGGCCAUGAAUGUGUUUUUUUGGUUUGUUUGUGGCAGCCUGUGGGAUCCUAGUUCCCCAACCAGGAAUCGAACCUGGGCCCUUGGCAGUGAAAGGGCAGAGUCCUAACCACUGGAUCACCAGGGAAUUCUCACGAAUACGUUUUUAAUAUGGCAAUAGCUACAAAAAAAAACCCUACCCAAAACAGAAAACAAACAAAAAACAACCCCCCCCCCCCAAAAAAAAGCACCUGAUUAGAUUAUGACCACUUCUCUCCUAUACUCAGGUCCCAAGUUCCAGAAAUGUCUACCUUAACCUUGGACUGUGUCAGCGUUUCCUUCUCGUGCUUUCUAUUUGACAUUAGUGGAGUCCUUCAAACCAGGAAUGCCUUGAUGUUUAUUGUGUUUUUUUUGUUUUUUUUUUUCUUGGCGCACAGGCUUAGUUGCUCCGCGGCAUGUGGGAUCUUCCUGGAGCAGGGCUUGAACCCAUGUCCCCUGCAUUGGCAGGCGGAUUCUUAACCACUGCGCCACCUAGGAAGCCCUUGAUGUUUAUUGUUAAGCAUUCGUUCUCACAGGAGAAUUAUAAUAUUUUUUCCUGUAUUCCCCAUUUCUUGACUGAUUCUUCUUGGGAUUCAGAAAAACAUAAAUUUCCUGAAAAUGGUCGGGAAGGACUUCCUGCAUUGAAAUAAUCUUCUGAACUGAGCAGGAUUGGCAAGGCAAAUCUGCUGCAGAAAUAAUUAUCUCGUAUAUUGUAAAGCCCACUUACCGAAACUUCACUGCUUCACCAAUUUCAGGAGCCUCAGAGCCAGAAGAUCCAAUUAUGGAUUCCAGCUCUGCCAGUUCCUGGUUGUGAGACCUUGGGCAAGUCACUUUGCCUCUCUCAGCUUCAAUCUAAUGGAUACAAUGAUACCUGGAAAAUAAUGUACUCGCAUUGUGAGGCGCUACUAAAGAAGGGUUAAAAGUGUGGCUUUGGAGUCAGACAGGCUGAGGUUUGAAUUCAUUACUUACUACCUCUUUGGUCUGGGGUGAGGUCUAACCACUCUGAGCCCCAUUUUUUCUCUUCUGUAAAAUGGAAAAACUGAUUGAGCCCAUUUCAUAGGAUUUUGGUGAGUUUAAAUGAGAUCACCCACAGAAACACUUAACACAGAGCUUGGUACAUUGUGAAUGCUUGAUGCGUGUGGACCAGUGUCAUUAUUAUCUGCUGUAUCUACCUCACAGGGCAGUUGUGAGGAUGAAAGGGAGGUUAUGUUGUGGAAGUGGUUUCUAAGCUGUAAAAUGGUCAUCCACACACUUCCCUUUCCUUCAGAGAUGAGAUGGCCAGAAGCUACUGGCAGACAUCAGUGGUUUCUCCCACUAAGGAGCCUGUGAAUAUCUACCUGUACCCACAUAAGGUAGCUGUGUUGAGGAGGCAGUGUCACCAUGGUUACCUGGAAAAGAAGGUUUCGUUGCAAUCAGGUAGGCAAACUCUAGCAUCAUCUGACUGGGGGCGCCCUUGGGGGAAAGCCAAUUUUUAGAAGGAGGCUUUGGAGGAAAGACAGCAUGGCACAGAGCCUGCCUACCAUAAGUUUGUUUAAUAGGAUCAGAUCCAGAGAAGGGGGCACGUAAUAGACGGUCGUGAGGAGGACGCUUUGACCAUUGUCUGAAAUUGUUAUUGGCUGAAUUUAGGAGACAGUCCUAUUAGCCGGAACCAGUACAUCCCGCUCCUGCCGUGGAUACACUUAUGAUGCUCACUCAUUCCUAGGCUGUGGACCAAACAUGGAUCAGAGGGCUCUCCAAAGAUGAUCUUACAUAAUCCUGACAGCAGCCCCAUAAAGUAAAUACUAGCAUUACUCCCAUUCUGCAGCUGAGAGCUUAGAGUCUGGGAAAGUUAAGUCCGUCGCCUGAGGUCACACAGCCUAUAUGUUGUAGAGUCAGGAUUCAGACCAAGUCCAAGUCCUUAGCCUCCUCCAGUCUUCCUCAACUCACCGGUGCCAAAUGCUGAGCUUGAACAAGGAAGAAGGAAACACAGAUGUGUGGGAUUUAGUGCCUCAAGUGGCCUCCUCUCUUGCCUCCUGUGACAAGUCUCUCUCCCGAUACUAUGCCUACUUUUCUGGACACCGUUUCUUUACUUCCAGGGAUGUUUUUUUCUGCUUAGCCCUUAACUCCAGGUUCUCUGGUCCCCAUCCUUGGACUCUUUCUUUCGUGCAGGACUGUGAGAGAUCUUUAUGUCCACAGCUUCAGCUGCUGGUCAUCUCUCCUAUUUUUUUUUUUUUUAAUUCUUUGGCCAUGCUGUGUGGCUUUUGGGAUCGAACCCGGGCCCUUGGCAGUGAAAGCGUGGAGUCCUAACCACUGGAUCACCAGGGAAGUCCCCAUCUCUCCUUCUAAUCCAGACUGCCCCUUUGAGCACCAGCCCAAUCCAACCAACUCCCUCCUUGACAUCCCCUGUGACUGUCCAGGCUCCCAACUGAAUUCAUCCUCUCCCCCUUAGCAUGCCUCUCCUCCUCAGUUCCCCUUCCUCCUUACCAUGGCUUCCGAGUUUCCAACACUGGUGUAGCAGUGAGGAACCCCAGAAGCCUUCCUAGACAAAGCCUCUUGAGUCAGGUCGCAGGGCUGGAGAGGCACUUAGGGUGUGUUCUCUGAGAGCUGCCAUUGGUUUGGGGGUGAACUUGGAGGGUGAAAUGCAUCAUUUAAUCAACUGUCUGCUGAGUGCCCGGCAGUGGGCCAGAUCUAGUAGCUGGGGCAGAGGACAUGUUCAUGAAUGAAACAGACAGGUUCCCUGGCUUCAGGGAGCUCUCAGGCCACUAGAGAAGAUGGACCUCAAGCAAUCCUCCCCAAAUACGGACUCUUACAAACUGUGACAGCUAUCAUGAAGGAAAGGCUCAGGCUGCUAUGAAAGAACACAGUAAAUCUAUACUGGGUUGGGGGCAGGGUCAAAGGCCAUUUUGAGAAAGUGACAAUUACUAUUUUCCUGAGAAGUGAGUUGAGGGAAGAGAAUUCCAUGUAGAAACAACAGCAGGUACACGCACAAAGGCCCAGAGGUGGGCAAGAACUCGGUGUGCUGGGAAAACUGAAAGGCAACUCGUGUCUAUGGAGCUGAGUACGUUGGGGCCUGAGGGCAAGAGACAACUGACCUGGCUGACUGGGGACGGUGGCAGGUGUCUUGUGGGCCAUGGUAAGAAGGGAUGUUUUGGUUUAACUUUUACUUGGAAAUAAUUUUGAAGUUACUGAAAAGUACGAAGGGCAUCUGUAUGUUCUCUACUCCAAACUCAUGUGUUAAAAUUGUUUUUUCUCUAUAUGUAGUAUAUACGUGUGACUUUUAUUCUGAACUAUUUGAGAAUAAGUUGCAUACAUCUUGUUCCUUUACCCUUAAAUACUUAGUAUUUCCUGCCCCAGUGCCGUACAGUUAUCCACUUGACUAAAUUUAACAUUGAUGCGAUAUGGUACCUAAUUUACCAUCCACUUUGUCAAUUGUCUCAAUAAUAUCCUCGAUGUAGUAUUUUCCCCCCUAGUCCAGAAUCCAGGCUAGAAAUGAUGCAUUGCAUUAAAUUGUCAUUUCUCUUUAGUCUCCUUUAAUCUGGAAUAGUUAGCCUUUGUCUUUUAUGACAUUGACAUGGUGGAAAAAUGCAGUCUUCCCCUUUAAUAGAAUGUUCCUCAUUUGAGCUUUGUCUGCUGUGUUUUCAUUAUUAUGUGUGGGUUAAGAAUUCCUGCUGGAAGACUGUAUAAAUGUUGUCGUAUCCUUCUCAGUGUGACAACAAGAGACACACAAUGUCUGCCUGCUCCUCAGUGAUUUUAAUUUUAUCUGAUUUCUCCAAUCUCUAGUUAAAAUUUUUACCUUGUAGAUGAUAAGCUGUCAGGGAGAUACAUUACAACCACGCAGAUAUCCUAUUCUAUAGAUUAUUAAAUAGAUGAGAUUGACUAUCUCUUCCUGAUUCUUGCCUGAAUCAGAUCAGUCUUUAUCACGAUGGUUACAAAAUGAUGACUUCAACUCCAGGACUUCCUCUACUUGACAUUCUUCUGCCUCCUUAUUUAAUAUUUAUUAGUAGUAGCGACUUUGAUAUUUCUAUUAUUUUCCAAUAAUUUCAUAGUUAUUAACCUUGAUUAUUUUGGUGCUCAAAUUGCCCCAGAUUUGGCCAGUGGGAGCCUGGUUUUUAUCUCCACUUCCAUGGAGUAGCAAGAUUCUAUUUGCACAUAUGACCACCUUUUACUGUGUGACAGUGUGUUGUCACAGACGUAGGGAGACCCGAUGGGAAGCUCUUGUGUAGUCCAGGAGGGAGAUGUGGCUUAGACUGGGGCGGUGACAUAUUGGAUGGGGAGAAUGGGUGGAUGUUAGAGAAACUUUGGUGGUAGAAUCCGCGGGACUUAGUGGGAGGGGGUAAAUAUGCACGCAGCAGAGAGGGAGGAGUCAGGAGUGACCAGAGCAGCUGGGUGGAUGGUGGAGUCGUUUACUGAUGGGGGGAAGACAAGCAGAGUAAGGGGGUCAGGUGGGAUGGGUGUUUUAGACAGUGGAGUUGGAGAUGUCUUUGACAUCUGAGUGAAGGUGUCAAGUAGACAAUUGGAUAUAUUGUUCUGGAGCUGACAAGUCCAGACCAGAAGAAAAUUUAGGAGUGCCACAGAUGCAUGAUUUCUGAAUCCACGGUCCUGGGUAAAAUGCUGUAAGAGGGAAACGUGGAGGAGAGGGAGGGACCAGGGCAGGAGAAUCCUGAGGGAGUUCACUGUUUGGGGAUCUGGAGGAGCACAGCAGGAGUUGGCCAUGGACGGGUCUGUGGGGUCAGAUCCCACGGAGCCUGGAAUGUCAGGCCACAUCCCGAAGGCUCUGGGGAAGCAUUGAAGGAUUCUAAGUAGGGAGGUGAGGGACAGGGAAUGAUCUGAGUUUUAGAAAGACUGUUCUGAGAGCCAAGAGGGGAUGAUUUGGCGGGUCGUGACAGUAGCUAAUGCUAUGGUUCUCUCUAAAGUCAAAUCGACUUCUUGUUUGCCACUGGAGCUUACUCAGAUGGUGACCUGCACCUGAAUGCCCUCUCCUUGUCCAUCUGGGCACAAAAAAAUGAUCAAAACCUCUGCCCCAGCUGCUCUUAUCGGCCCCAGGUAAUGUGACAGCAAACCCCCAUCUCCUUGCUUCACUUUGGCUGGAGCCUUUUUUUUGGAGGGGUGGCAGGUUAACCUUUUGAACCAGGUGAAGCACAGGUGUGCAGGGGAUGGUCUCUGAGGUUUGUGGGAGUCUGUUUAGGGACUGCCAUCCUCUGCCCCAGCCUGCUUUGAGUUCAUUGUGGUCUCCGUCACCCAGGCAAUCUCCCAUUUAAACCUGUAUGUUGUCCCCUCCCCACCCCUGCACAUGCAGGGGGAGAUGAGUUGCCUCUGGAAGAACAUCUCAGUGCAUCCUCUCCUUAGCAGGGGUGGCACUGUGCGGGGCCCUCCAGUUCUGCCUGAAGUGUGUCGGCAGCCCAUUUGGAUGGAGACACAGACAACCAGAGGUGGUCAUUUUAAGAGGCCAGGGGAGGGGCAGAUGCUGUGAAGCCCAGGAAAGGCAAGGUUGCUUCUAGCUGGAGAAAUCAGGAAAGAUCCCUUGAGAAGGUGGCAUUGAAUCAGGCCUUGAGGGUAGAGGAUUAUUCAGUGGAAAAGAGGAAAUAAGAAAAAAAAUCAAAGUCCCACGCCUCGUAUUUUAUCGACACAGUCAGCACAGUUGUUAUUGGAAUAACUAUCCCGUGAGGCCGAUCCUCCAUUGUUAGUUCUCUGACUGCUGGAAUAAUUCAUUCCAGGCCUCAUGACAUUGGUUUGGGGCCUGUGGCCGGGCAGGGGGGACAGAAGCAAUUUGGGACCAAGUGCAGCUCAGGAAUCAGUGCUUGAGCCCACCUGCUCAUUCUUGCAUUCAGCAAAGGACCCACCACACCCCAGGCCCUGAGGAUAUGACGAUAAGGGGGACAUGGUUCCUGUUCUAAAGACCUCACGUCUACUAGAAAGGGAGUCACAAGUGGAGAGAAUUUGUUGUAGGGCACGGGUAGAUGCCACUGUAGAGGCACAGCGCAUACAAGAUAUGGUGCUGACACAGGGAAAGAGGCCUUGGGAGCUGAGGCCUUGGGAGCAGACGAACACAUCAGGCAGAGCAAGACAGCGAGAAUGGGGAGCUCUGAGGACACACGUCAGAGGGUCAGGUUCACGUGGAGCACGAUAACGUGCUUCUCUGUCCACAGGCCGGAAGGCACAGCUCUCCUACUCUUACGAUUCUGGGCAUUCAUUUUUUCUGUUUUUUAUUUCAAAUAUUUCCUUUCCCAUUUUGGGGGUGGGGGAGUGUUUUAUACUCUUUUCCAAAAUCUCAAUUUGCAUGCUUAAUUUGUUUGUUUUAUUUUUCUCUUUUGACACUAAAAGCAUUUAAUGCUAUUAAUUAUGCCUCUACAGAUAGCUUUGACUGUAUCCUUUUCUAAUGAUUUUAUUACUAUUUUCUAAAUAGUUUGCUUUUUAUCCUUGAUUUACUUCUUGUCCUAAGGGUAAUUUGAGAUGUUAUUUAUGUUUUUCAAUUUCUAAGUGGUGUGUUUUAUAUUAUUGUUAGUUGUACUGCAUUUUGAUCUGAGACUGAUUUCUAGAAUUUCCACUUUUCAAAAUUUACCAAAAUAUUCUCUGUAGCUUAAUAUUUAUUGAAUUUUGUCACUGUCCAUGAAACUUGAAAUGAAGGUACAUUAUUUGUUUUCAGGGUCAAGAAUUUAUAUGUUCAUAUCUUUUAUGUCCUUAUUUAUUUUUUGAUUGUUUGGAAAACGUGUUAGAGUAUUUCCAA